GCUGAUGGUUAAAGGGUCGACGACAACUUCUUAUAAAGCCAGUAGUUGAAUCCUGCAAAGUCGAAUCUUAAUCAACACAUCAACAACGCAAUCUUCAAAGCAAACUACAAUUCAACAAACUCACCAAAUAAUUCUCAUAAUUUUAAUAUCGACAUUAGUCAACCCCCUUCAACAUUCAAAAUGCAGUUCUCCGCUAUCUUCGCCUCUGCCAUUGCUUUCACCGGCUUGGCCACCGCUCAGGUUCAGCGUCCCUUCGUCAAGAUCAACGUUGAGUCUUCUCACGGUGGUGCUGGCAACGGUCUCGUGAACAAGACCAUCCAAGUUGGUUUCGACGAGCCCUUCCGGGGCGAAGCCCUUAAGGAGGUUUCGAGUCUCUACCUCAUCAGCGCUUCUCUAGUCGACAUCAACACUGUCGUCUGCCAGCCUCACAAAAACGAGGAUGGCUCCGACACUGCCGCCAAGACCUUCGACAUCAACAACCCCGGCCGUCUCUCUACCAACACUGUCGUCGUUGGCAGCAUCACCUGCCGCCACUCCUAAGCUGAUGGGCCUAGCUUAGCACCGAUUCCGCAUUUCGUGGGGUCGUGAGAACUACUUGGUGAAGGUUUCGCGGUGAAGUUGCUUGUCAUUUGAGGGAGAUACAUAGACAUAGAGGAGGGGGGAAACGGUGCGAUGCAUACAUACAUAAUGGUGUUCACUGGCGCAUAUUACUAUUCUAUUCGCUCGUUCUAUCACUAUUAGACAGGUAUCAAUAUAAAAGUUGCACCCUACGUCAUUUUGUCAUUUUGAUUUGUUUAUUUCGGACUGAAUGUGCCGUUUAAAUUGUGGCUAGGCAGCUAGGAUUUUAAUGCUUGUGGUUUGUGGCGAAAGUUUCCGCGCUUUUGGCUUGGCGCUAGGUACCUAAGGUACUACUGAACAGAUGGAAGGUACAUAGGUACCUAGGUAAGUACUAUGUAAAAGUGAACGAUUAGUAAAGCUCGUUGGAAUAUUGCCUAAACCUUAUAAGUACUGUAUUAGGUAUUAUAUGUUGGCUUUCAGCUGAUU